AGCUGAGAGGUAUCUGGUGGCCGGGAUCACAAUGUCGUCCAGAAAACCCCGGUCUGUGGCAAACCCCCUGGAGUCUGCUAUCACCACACCCAGUGAACGGAUCCUGAAAGAAUGUCACAGUUUGUAUGUCGACAGCGAAAACGGCCUGGUGAAGAUUGCCAACAGCCUUGGACUCCGGCUCCUGCCUCCCAGAAAGAAAAUCAUCGUGAUGAUAAUGGGUAACCACUCUGCAGGGAAGAGCUCCUUCAUCAAUUGGUACGUUGAAGAGCACAUACAGAAAACAGGCGUCGCCAUUGAAACGCAGGGGUUUACCUUCAUCACAAGUGGUCGCAAAAGAGAAUCACUGACGGGGAAUGCGACGCUACAUCUCUACCCGCACUUUCGACCCCUCCUUGAGUUCAAAGGUGUCACGGACUACCUGUCUGCUGAGAUCUCCACCUCCAAGCAGAAGAAGUUCAGCCUUGUGACAUUUGUGGACACUCCAGGUUUGGUGGACGGGGACAUGAUUUACCCUUUUGAUGUCAACAGGGCCAUCACCUGGUUGGGAGAACAGUCCGACUUGAUAUUUGUGUUCUUCGACCCAAUGGGCCAGGCUCUUUGCAAACGCACACUCAACAUCGUGGAGAAUCUGAGUGAGAAAUGUGGAGACAAACUGUUGUUCUACCUCAGCAAGGCAGAUGAAGCUGGGAAGGAAACUGACAGACAGAGGGUGAUGAUGCAGAUAGUCCAGGAACUGUGUCGCCGUCCAGGUCUCAAUAAGUGUGGUUUUGAGAUGCCAACAAUAUACAUCCCCAACCCACAGAAGCCAAGCAGGUGCGUGAACCAGAUCGACGGGGUUUGUCAGACCAUCGAGAAGACCAUCAACCAGGCUGUACAGAAGACUUUGGAUCAGCUGGACAGAGACUGUGACCUUAUUUGUUCCACAAUCAGCAGCAGGCUAGAUCAGGACAGGGCUGACGUGACUUACAGCAGAAGUGUCCGUUUUCACUCCUUCUUGUGUGGAGCUCUGGGCGUUUUCCUUCCUGCCCUCUUCAUCCUCAGUUUCAUUGUGAACACCCUCUCCAAAGAGCAGUUGGAGGAGCUGUUGGGUGAAGGCCCGGCUCGGACUCUCACCAUCUUCACAGGAGUUGUGAUGUAUUUAUGGGACUGGAUACCAGAAGAUGGACAAGUAGUGUUUGUGAUCAUUUUUGGGGCUUUUUGCUACCUCCUGCUUUUCUUAGCAAAGUAUUUUGCAGGCCAAAGGCAUAAAACUCUGACGAAGAAGGAGAAGAGGACGAUGGAAGAGUUCAGCGAUUAUGUCCAGGAUAUUGUCAAAACCAAGAAGGCUAAACUGUAUGAAUGGUAUCUCCAGCAGUGUGCAGCAGAAUAUGACCUCUGACCCCAGUUGGCAGGCGUAACCUCCAAUGCGGACGACAUCACUGCCAACACGAUCAUCUCAAGAGCUGAUUAAAAAUUAAAAAGUGCCUUUGUCAUUGAGUUCAGGAGAAACUGUGAUUGUAGUUCGAGGAAAGCAAAUUUCAUAAUGUGAAUAGAUUUAAAAAAAAUUUUUUGUAGAUGCCAGAAAGAAGUGAAGUGUUUACAAAUGGACUUAUUAUUAAUUUCUUCAUGAGCAACUUGCAGCUGCUUUUACCAGCAAACCUGUUUCUGUGUUGUCCUCUCUAAAGUCUGUUCUCACUGAUGUAGUCAUGGUCCACAAACGUCAGCACCGUCCUGAGGUCUUUCAUGUUGUUUUCAUGAGAUACCAGCACGUGCUUUCAUUCUCACUGUUAGCAAUAACUUCAAUAACCAAUGCUCGGGCAUUACAGUUGGACAUUUGAUCAAAUAUUUUCAUACAGUCGAUUAAGACCUAAGGCUGAAAGCUUUCUCCUGCCUCCAAAGAGACUGUCUUACAUUUAGAUUAUUUUGUUGUGUGAUUUGUACAGGCAUCAUUGUCAUGUGAGUAAUACAUGAACCACUGUCAAGACUGGUGAUUUAGAUACUUCAGCAGUAUAGUAAAGCUGGUUAGCAGUGAAGUCUGUUGCUGCACUGAUGUGUAUCUGUUGUGUUAAUGAGCACUGAAUCCUUAGUGUUGUCUGUAGAUUCACUGAACUUAUGACUAAAAAAAACACCAUGUAAUGCCUUCACUCCAGUGUUUGUAGAUAUAUUUAUUAGUCUCUACAGGUGUUUUUGAGGUGCUUUUUUACAAGGGAUGCACCGACCCAAUACAUCAGAUCUGUAUCAGGUCCGACUGAUCCACAGUUUGUCAGUGUCAUUCUAAUAUUCAUUUCCAUUAUUAUGUAUAUUCAUUCAGUUAUGGUGGGCCACAGGCUUUCAAAGUUUGGAAAAAAGAGCACUUGGAUCAGCAGAGACUCUGAGUUGGGGUAUCUUCAUUGGGAGAGGAAAAGUUGGAUGUGUGCAUCCCUGGUUUUUACCCCCAAAAAUGUAGAAAAACCUCAACAGUUUGUAAACACUGUCGGUUUAUAUUGUGUGUGCUAGAUGCCUCCCAGAUUUCCUCUGCAUUAGGGAUGUUAUGUUUUAUUUCAUUUAUAAAUUUGCGAAACUUGUGAAACUGUGUGAAUUGAAUUAUGAAUUAUGCAUUAGUUUUUCCAAAAAUUAUUAUUUUUAUUAUCUAAAACUCAACUGUUGGACUCAACUGACUUGUUCAGAUUUUUUUUUUUUUUUUUUUUUUUUAGUUAACGCGACUCAAAGAAUGACCUCUGCAAACUAUGC